CCGGCCUCCGAUUCUGGAUGUCCGUGUAGCAGGCGUGGUGGUUCAAAAGGCGGACGACGGAAAAACGUCACGGACCAUGGAAAAGGAAAUCGCGAAGGCGGGAACAGCCCCUUUCGAAAUUCGAAUUUUCUUCUUGUGGAGCGACGUGGUGGCGGCGCACAGGCGGGUCGACCGAGGGGCAGUCCACGCCACGCAGGGUUUCGGUUGCCAUCGCGUUGCGUAUUUCAGCGGCGCCGCACCACCACUGUCUCAAGUGUGGUCGACGCGGCAAAACGAAGACGUCCGAUCGACAGUUGUGCUCGCCACGUGGAGACGCGAGGCGGUUCCGUUCUUCAGCGGCGGUGGGCGGACGCUCCAAUCGGGGCGGAACAUCGUUGGGCCGGGCUGUCUUCCUGACCUGGUUGCAGGCGUCUUCAAUCGUGAUGGCAGAGGUACACGCAGGAUUUCCGGAGUUCGAGCUGUGCGCGAUGUGACAGCCGCUAUGUUGAGGGUGUACGCGGACAAGAUAUCGUGGACGACGGGGGUGCGGAAACACGCGAACGCGCCGAGUGAGAACUACUUCGACCGCAAGCACCGUUUCUCCGUCAUUGCGCAGGUGGUGGUGGACGUGGAUGUGCGCGUGCUUGACGUGUUCGUUGGAUAUACGGGGAGUUGCCACGACAUUAGGGUGAUGCAGCUGUCAAGUUUGUCGAGGCGCGCGGAAGAGGGAUUGUUGUUUCGUGGGCCGCUUGUCACGCUGCCGGGAGGGGUGAGGACGAACGGAUACAUCUUGGGCGACAACGGGUAUCCUCCUUCUGAAUGGGUAAUCGUGUCAUACGGAGGAAUCAAUCAGCACCCAGACGAGAAAAGGUUCAACACGAAGCAGAAGGUCGCAAGAGGGGCCGUGGAGAGGGCGUUUGGGAGGUUGAAGGGGAUGUGGAGGCUCUUCCUGCGGACGCACAAGACGAACCUCGACAGUCUGCCGCAGCAGUUCACGACAGUAUGCAUUCUCCACAACAUCCUGCUUGAUGCAGGUAUCGAGUUCGACGAGAAUUUGUUGUGGGAGGUCGACGCGGACGGGGUGAGGCGCCCAGUGGACCUGGGGAUUGAUCGCCCCCCACAGCCAGUGUCGAUGUUGACUUCCACGCGCGAGGCUCACUCGCUCCGCAAUGCGCUGGCGGAGCGAAUGAAACACAUGUGAUCCUGCCUACCGCCUGCCUGUUUGUCCCGUUCAAGUCGUGUUCCGCCAUCGCCGAUUGACAGCGCUUGCGUCCUCCGCUUACACGC